GUUAUAUUUGACCCCCUCCUUUUCUGAACUGGACAAGUGAGGCUUGCGUGCACAGGGUAGGGAGCACAUUUGAGGACAACACAACUCAAAACCAGAGGGAAGACGAUUCCUAUACUGGUGGUUGAAAAUGCUCACAUAUCGAAAUCUAAACACUCUGGGGCUUCUGCUUCUGUGUGUAUCUGGAAGCGCACUGAAGUUCAACUUGUUCAACAAAAUCAAUGAUCGUCAAGAGGGUAAUAUAAGGUUGGUGGGUUCAAAGAGUGUUUCAGAGGGCCGUGUGGAGGUUUAUCAUGAUGGAAAAUGGGGAACAGUCUGUGACGAUGAGUGGGACAUAAAUGAGGCUCAGGUUGUGUGUCGUCAGCUCAACUUUCCCGGAGCCAAAUCUGUUGUCUUUGGGAAGGACUACGGACAAGCACCUGGACCUAUUUGGCUUGAUGACAUUGCUUGCAAAGGCACAGAAACCCAGCUUGUGUUAUGUGAAUUCAAAGGCUGGGGGGUAACUGACUGCAGCCACAAGGAGGAUGUUGGAGUGAUUUGUGAAACAGGAAGUAAGUUUAAACUUAGAAGCAAUUCUACACACUCACUUGACCACAGCAUCAGCCUGUCUGAUGGAUUCGGCCAAAUCUUUGAUAGCGGGAUUGGCUGUGACUUCCAAAUCUUUCUCCAGAGUCCCACUGGAAAAGAGCAUGAAGAUGGCACCCCAGAAAUAAUUGAGGAAACGAUCUGUGCACACAAAAUGUUCCUCUCACUGUUCCCAUUCUUCGGUGCUUCUUCAGGGAUGACGAACAUCACUGUGAGUUUCAGCAUUUCCUGCCAAUCACACUUCACCUCUUUUAUCAGGUAUUUUUACACCUAUAAGAUUGAUGUGACCUCCUCCUCUGCAAUGUGCCUCCAUCAAAUGGCUUCUAAGUUUGGAGUCAAGCAGCUGAAGGCGGACAUAGGCCGGCUGUUCACUCAAAUCCUCCCAGAAGACACCUCCUUUUCCACCCAGGUGUCUCUUUACCAAUAUGCAGUAGAGUCUGAGGACUUAAUCCUUGAGGAAAACUGCAUUCAGUUCUUUGCUUGGAACUACCAAAAACUGACCAGCUCUCCAGCGUGGACCAGCCUCUCUGUGGAACUCCUUCGGGCUCUUCUUACCCGCUCAGAUUUGGUGGCACCAGAUGAGUACUUUGUGCUUCAGACUGUGGAGAAAUGGAUCACAGAGAAUGCUAGCUCCAUCAGUUUGGAAACCCAGGCAGAUCUGUUAAGUCACAUUCGCUUCCCCAUGAUCCCCGCGGAGAAACUCUAUGAAUUAGAGUCCAACUCUCCACUUUACAAUACUCAUAAGAAUAUGUAUCUUGAAAGGGUCUUGAAAGCAUUUCACUUCAAUGUUCUACUCUUUAACAAUAUUUUGACCAACCCAAAGUUUAAAAAAGAAGAUCUUGACUACAAACCCAGGAUCUACACUGCUACACCUUGGAGCAUUGAGCUUGACUUCCCAAGAAAAAUGUCAUCAGAUCAAGGACAACCAGUUCAUCAAUACUCUUCAUACAACAGGCGUCGAUAUGAUUAUGGCUAUGGCUACUAUUAUGCCACUGAGUCACCGUACAUUAGAUCCAACUCAUUUGUAACUCCUGUUCAUAACAGCUUGAUCUUCCAGGGAAACACGACCACUUGGGAGGCGGAAAUCCUCAGCACUAUGAAUGCAUGUUCAAGGAAAGGUCUGAGGUGUGAGUCCGUUCCUGCAGCAAGGCUGGAUCAGAGAAGUUACUACACUCCACAGAGCAACAUCCUCUUUCGUAAUCGCCUCUUGCUGAUGUGCCAAAACAGAUACAUCUGUCAGGUUCAGGGUUUCAAAGACAACCUAGCCUAUGUCUCUACAAAUGGUACCCAGGCCUUUGCCUACCCCUGUCCUGAUGAUAACUACAAAUACAUAUUUGUAGUGAGGCCAGAGUACAUCUGAUCCAACAUGAAAGAAAAUAAUCACAAAACAGCAUAAUCAGGUACUUUUCCAUUACAUGGCAUCAUAUGGCUUGCUUUUUCUUUGUUUGUUUUCCAUUGUAUGAAACCAAUACUAUCUUUUUUUUGUACUACCUCUGCUAUGGUUCCAAACACUGCAUAGCAUUGAUUGAUCAGAGAGCCAACUCUCACCAACACACUUCCUUAUUCCAUUAAGUGGUUUAAAAGUCCAGCACCACAUUUUGCUACAUAAAUUACAGAUAUUUGUGCACAUGGAUUUCAUAGGCUACUAUGAGCAAAACUAAUGACUACAUGAGCAUGUUUGGAUUUACAGACAUUUUUUUUUUUACUCUGAUGGAGCUGAGCUCUGCAGUGCUCUGUCGUUAUGAUCACUGCCAACAAAUACCUAAACUCCUCUGAACUAAAACCCGGUUGCACACUCAUUCAGUACAAUAACCGCUCUGUACCUCUCUCUACUGCUGACUUGUCACUUUGGAUAAAAGCAUCUAUUGAGUCAAUGUAAUGUAAUAUACACACACAGUUAAUUUGUGCUUCUUGUCACACAGCGUCACACAUGCAGCGCUGAUGAACAACUGAAGAUACCCACAAUGAAACAGUACUGGCAAAUGAAGCAGGGGAAAGAUAUACUGAGUCAAACAUUGUAUCAUAAAAUGGAAAAGAACACAAAUUGUCAAUUUUUUCUUCAAUAGAUUGCAAUCAAAUAUUACAGCUAUAUUCCAUUUAAGUGAUUUGUUUUAAUGAUUCUUAUAAAUUGUGGAAAAUGUUAUCUGUCUUAAUGAAUAUCUGUAGACUCCUUUCCUGCAUAUAAAGAAAACAAAUAAAAUGAUUUUUAAAAGGA